AUGAGCAACAGUCUCUCGAUCGAGCAACAGGCUCGCGCUGCAAAGGCGUAUGUUCUACAAGAACUACGUAAGACAAGCGCGGGACAACAGAUCCUCGACGAUGUCGACUUCUUUGAAAGGCUCGAUAUGAACUUCAUCACUGUCUUUGCUAUCUUCGCCGAGCUGUAUGGGUACCGUCAUGACUGUCUUGAUCAGCUUGUGGACCUCAUAACAAUGUGCGGCACGUCCUGGCAAGCUCGAGCUCCCGAGCUACGCGAUCUUGACAAGGCCCGCGAGUUAGACCCAGAGUGGUACAUGUCUAACAAGAUGCUUGGUGGUGUCUGCUACGUCAAGCAGUAUGGCAAGGACUUUGAAGGCAUUAAAGCCCGCAUACCAUACUUCCAAGAGCUGGGCCUCACCUACUUACACCUCAUGCCACUCUUCCUUGCGCCCAAGCCGUUCUCGGAUGGUGGCUACGCCGUGUCCUCGUACCGCGAUGUCGACCCUGAGCUCGGUGACAUCAAUCAGCUGAAAGAGCUGGCGACUGAGCUGCGCAAAGCUGGCAUAUCCCUUGUCCUGGAUCUUGUCUUCAACCACACGUCCAACGAGCAUCGCUGGGCCAAGAAGGCUGCUGAAGGCGAUCCUGAGCACUCUGCCAUGUACUGGGUCUUCCCCGACCGCAACGUGCCCUCGGCCUUUGAGCGCUGCACGCGUGAGAUCUUCCCCGACGAUCAUCCUGGCUCCUUCAUACAGCUAGCCGAUGGACGAUACAUCUGGAGUACUUUCUACCACUUCCAGUGGGACCUUAACUAUUCUAAUCCAACCGUUUUCCGCUCUAUGGCUGCCGAGAUGCUGUUUCUCGCCAAUCUAGGCGUGGAUUUCUUUCGCAUGGAUGCUGUUGCAUUCAUGUGGAAGCAGAUGAACACCGACUGCGAAAAUCUGCCCGAAGUCCAUAAACUGCUUCGCGCCUUCAACGCUCUGUGUCGGAUUGCGGCCCCCUCUGUCCUCUUCAAGAGUGAGGCGAUCGUACACCCUGACUUUGUGGUGCAAUACAUCGACCGCUACGAGUGCCAGCUAUCGUAUAAUCCUCUGCAGAUGGCCCUCACUUGGGAAGCUCUCGCAACUCGCGAUGCGAGUAUGCUAUCGCAGGCAAUCGAACGCAGACACAACAUUACGCGGGGCUGCGCGUGGGUCAAUUACGUCCGGUCGCACGAUGACAUUGGGUGGACAUUCUCCGAUGAGGACGCGAAGGAGCUGGGCAAGGAUGGUGGGAGUCACCGCAAGUUCUUGAAUGCAUUCUUCGUGAAUCGUCACCCUGGCAGCUUUGCGCGCGGUGUACCAUUUCAGGAUAACCCGCGCACAGGCGACUGUCGGAUUUCGGGGACCACCGCCAGUCUAGCGGGGCUGGAAAGCAUGCAGGGCCACGCCAUCGAUCGAAUACUGCUGGCAUACAGCAUUGCGAUGAGUACGGGCGGGAUCCCGCUGAUAUACCUCGGAGAUGAGGUGGGACAGCUCAAUGACUACAGCUACCUGAAUGAUCAGAGCAAGAUGGACGAUAGUCGAUGGGUGAAUCGCCCAAGCUAUCCGGAGCAACGAUAUCAUGAGCGGCACGAUGAAAGUACGAUCCCCGGGCAGAUCUACAAAGGCAUGAAGCACUUGAUCGCCUUGAGGAAAUCGACCGAGGAAUUGGCGGGAGGUAGAGCGGUGGGGUUCUUCACAGGGAAUGAGACGGUUCUGGGAUAUCAACGGCCCGGCACCGGUUCGACGGUGUUGUGUUUGUGCAACUUCAGCGAUUACGGACAGUGGGUGGGGCGGGAUCGGUUCAUGGGUUUGCCACCCAGUGCGAGAGAUCUGGUGACUGGGUACGAUGUGGCGCUGAGAGAGGGUAUAGAAUUGAAGCCCCAUCAGUUUGUGUGGUUGAGAUACUGA